AUGCGCAAACCCUUGAGCGAGGUCUGGGGGGAUGGCCCCAUGAACCAGUUGCCAUCCGUCGUGGAGCAGUUCCACGACUCCGUAGCCAAAUAUCCAGAAAAUAUCGCCCUUGUAUGCACACAUCAAGACGCUGACUUGUACGGUAUCUCCGGCCCUUAUCCUCAUGGCCAGAACAACGAUGCUGAGAGUACGCCGUAUCUUCGAUGGACGUUCAAGGACCUGAAGCAGGGUGUCGACCGCCUGGUGGCGGGCCUGGAGUCUUUGGGUGUUAAGAAAGGCACAGCCAUAAUCACGCUACUUCCAAACUGCGCCGAGUUCGUCCUGACGUGUUGGGCUGCCAUGGAGUUGGGGGCCGUCUUAGCGGCUCUAGAUCCGCGCCGCUUGUCCAACUCGAGCGAGGUCUCGUACAUGCUCGAGACAAUCAUGGUGGCAACAAAUAACGAACCGCCAGUCAUAAUUGCCUUUAAGCCAGAAUACCUCAAUGCUCCGGCCAUUGAGUCAGUGCCGCUGCGAGCUGCAGUCGUUGUGGCCACCGCUGGGGUAUCUCAGAGCCAUGCUUCGUUCAAAGACAUAAUGGCGCUUCCCCGGCGAGACAAUGAUAACACAAAUGGGAAGUUCGAACACAAAUACAUUUCACCAACUGACGGUGCUUGCAUCAUCUUCACCAGCGGCUCAACCUCCCUACCCAAGGGUGUCCUGCGCAGUCACGAGCGCCAGGCGUCGUUGGCCCGCGAUGUGUUCCAGACACCUGGUUACAAGACCCUUCCCGGAGACAUGUGGUGCUCCGUAACGCCAAACAAUCACUCCGUUGGUAGUGUCGGCGCGAUAUCACCAAUGUUGGUGGGUGCCGGAAUCGUCUUCCCAGGGGAAGGCUUCUCGGCAGCGGCGACGGCUCAGACACUGGUUCGUGAAAAAUGCACGCACAUACUCCUGGUGCCAGGAAUUGUGAACCUCAUAGCGGAGUAUCUGGCGGAGAACACCGGCAAGAUGCACACAAGCCUCAAGGCCGUGAUGCUAGUCGGGUCUCCGCCGACGACUAAUAACAUUAACACGUGCUUUGACGCCCUGGGCACCCGCGGCGUCUGCAUCCGCUAUGGCAGCACCGAAGGCGUGGCCUGCGUUAGUGAUAUUACGGCAAACGCUCAAGAGCUUAUUGGCGACAGUGGUCGACUAACUGUGGGACGACCAAUGGGUAGAGACGGGGUCAAGAUCUGCCGGCCCAACGAGACAGGCCAGCUCGGUGUACCUCUCCCCCGUGGUACCGCCGGAGAGAUUCACUAUAGCUCCUCAUGGGGCGCGCAAACCAUGUAUAUCGGAACGAAGGACACCAAGGAUACCUGCUAUACCGACGAGCAAGGCAAGCGCUGGUUCAUCACAGGCGAUGAGGGCAUUAUAGACGAGCAGGGCCGCCUGUACGUGGUCGGCCGGAUCAAGGACAUGAUAAUUAGGGGAGGCGAGAACAUAUCUCCGGCGGCUAUCGAGGCACGGCUGGCCAACAAUCCGAGACUAGCGUCUAAGUCAGUUCAAAUCGUUGGACAGCCGGAUCCCAUCAGCGGAGAGGUUCCUGUUGCUAUCAUCGCCAACGGUCCAGACUUUCACGAUACCGUGGCUGAAAUCUACCGCACUAUCCGCGAUGACAUGGGCCUGAUGUGGGCUCUCCACGACGUGAUCCACCUGGAGCAGCUAGGCCUUGGAGACUGGCCGCGUACAUCUGCGGGCAAAAUCCACAGGGUUACGCUUCGGAAGCUAGUGCUGGAGCGAUAUCAGGAUCGCUUGGCUGAAGAGGCCGCUAGGGAGGCCGCAAGCCAGUCUGACCCAGCGUGGAACGAGAGGCGCGUAAGAGAUGAGAUACUCAGGACUUGGGCAAAUUCCACAGGACUGGAGGAGGACCAGCUGCCUCUUGAUGUAAAUAUCUCACAAUAUGCCGACAGCUUGUCGGUAGCACGAGUUAGGGGCCACCUCCGGCGCGUGGUUCCCGGCCUGGACAAGCUUUCUAGAGGUGGAGAGGAGGAAACAGUCAAGAGGGCCGAGAGGAAGCUGAGAUUGAGGGUCCCAAAAGUGCAGAUGAUAUGGCAAGUCCUUCCCCCAUCUCUCGCAGUUUCCUUUUGCACAGAGGCUAAUCUGGAAUAUCAGGUUCACACUAUCGCUCGGGAAGACCUCUUUGACUCAACUAAGAGGCUCGUGAUGGAAGUCAUCAGCCAGCACGGGUUCCAGUGGGACGAUGUGGCGAGUGUUUUUCCCGCGCAAAACUUUGUCGAUGAGCUGUCCAGGGAAGGCGUACUCGACAGCGCCAAGUUUCAGAACGCCUUUGUUACCAAGACGGAGAGCAGUAUCGAUCGAAACAAACUGCAGAGAGUAAAGCUUGCGUUGAAGGCAAUGCUGCGAGCUAACUCACUCUUGCCGUCUUUCCUCGUUUGGAACAAAGAAACCCCGAGAGACACCGAAGACAACAUUGCCCUUCACGUCACGUUGAAGCCCAGCGAGAGCCUCUAUGAGCACGUCUUGCAGGACGGGGGCUCCGUAAAUACAGUCGAGGACUUAGACAAGCUAGCGUCCGCUCAUCCACAUCCGGAAUGGACGCUGUACCCUGGGAUCCUGUUUCGAGUGCUUUUGUUCAAGGUUAAGACGACAAACACAGUAGGGUUCAUAAUGAGUGUGAGCCACGGCGUCAUGGACGCAACAUACACAGGAAAAUUGCUUUCGGACAUUGACCAAGCUCUAAAUGGCCCGGUGCCACAGCAGCUUCUUCCCCAUACAAGCUAUAGACUUUGGGCAGAAUCAUACUACUCGUUCCGGGAGUCGCCGCAGGCCAGGGCAUCGGUACAGUGGCACACCAACUAUCUCGACGGUAUUCACAGCCAUAUCGACAAGGCCCAAUGGCCUCAGAUACCUAAACGAGGUCUUUUUGAUCCCACAGGGGGUGGAUACGGGAGCGGAGCCCAACACAGUUUCGUAGUCCCAGACCUUGCAGCUCUUCGGAAGAACCAUCCGCAAAUAUCGGCUCCGGUCAUCGUCAAGGCGGCCCUGGCGCUCUUGCAUGUGCACCAGACUGGGCACGACCACGCAGUCUUCUCCAACGUGCAAGCCGGACGGACUGCGUGGCCUUUUAUGCCUACGAUGUUUGCGAGCAACCACGGGCUGGGGCUCUUUGAUGAAGCAACGGACGUCGCCGGACCGCUGCUCCAGUCAGUGACGAACCUAAUCAAAAUUUUGCCUGAUGAGUCUGUGCUAGGUAUGCUCAAACGCCUCCAAGCGGACCAACAGGCCUUGACGCAGCACGCGCAUGCACCAUGGCCCGCCAUAGAAAAGGCACUCGACAAGGCAAACGGUAGCCGUUAUGCCACGGGAUCGUCUGGCAGCCAUCGCGGACUGAUGAGGAGGGUUUUUACAUCGCAGGUAUUCAACUGGGUCCCGGGCAUGGGGGCCCAAGGAGGUGGCCUAAAAGAACCAUUUGCCAACCUUCAAAAGCUCAGGUCUGUGACCCGGUGGCAAGUCGGGCUGAUUGUCAGGGCUGGGCUCGGUGGACCUGAUGGCGAUACGGUAUAUCUUAACCUGCUGGGCGACGGGCUGACAGACGUCCAGAUGGAGGAAACGACCAAAAAACUAGAGACGUUGCUGCGGUCUUUGACGCACCCUGAGAGCUGGCAUGCGCCUGUCAUGCAGUGCAUGAUGUAG